AUGGUUCACACAUCUAAGAAUAACGUGCCACUUGUGGUAUCAUUACUCGCGCUUAUACCCCUUGUAGUAGGAGAUACGUCGCUUGGAUGCUUUUCAUCGGUGGACUCUGUUAGUUCAUCCUCUGAUUCAUACAUGACCCCCUCACUCUGUAGCGGAACGUGCUCGGAGUAUGCAUAUAUUGCACUUAAAAAUGGGGGAAACUGCUACUGUUUGGACGAAAUGCCCACCGACUCAGUCAGCUCUAGUAACUGUAACAUUGCUUGUUUUGGUUACGGGCUGGAGACUUGUGGUGGAUCUAGCGCCUACCAAGUGUAUAAGGGAGCAGGUACUGUCGGAGCCUCCAGUUCCGCAGACGACUCUGAUACGUCCUCCACUGAAACAUCAGAUAGCACAUCCACAUCGGCAUCGUCUGCCACUAGUUCUGAUGACACUUCUUCAUCGAAAACAUCCACACAAUCAUCAACUUUAGUAACCUCUACAGUUUCAGCAUCAUCAUCAGACAUUACAUCUUCUUCGGAAACAUCAUCUGCUACUUCAUCUAGCGAUUCAACCAGCAGCUCUUCUAAGACUUCAUCCGCCACUUCUUCAUCAACUACCGCCGGAUCUUCCAAGAAAUCGACCAAUGUUGGCGCGAUUGCAGGUGGUGUCGUCGGUGGUUUAGCAGCAAUAGCAAUCAUUGCAGCCAUUGUAUUCUUUGUUUUGAGAUACAGGAACUCUGAGGAUGAUGAUGACGAUGAAGGGUUCAACUAUGAAACCAAGAAAUCAUCGGGAAUAUCCAGGGGUCCAUCUAAAAAUAAACCAAACCCAUUGGAUAUGCCUAUGGUAAACCCUUUCACACAUCCUUCGGAUUCAGUGGUGGGUACAGGAGGAGCUGUAGGAGCAAGAAAUCCAAGCGGCGGAUUGGCAGAUCCAAGAUUGAACCCAGUAAUGAUGGGCAGAAGACGUCUAUCUGAAGGUUCUUUGGCAGACGAAGCAGACUAUAGUAGGAAAAUACUUCAAGUUGCAAAUCCUGACCAUUAA